UGGGGGUGAGGGAGAAGGGGCCCCCGGAGGCGUUGCGGAGAGUUACCGUAUUUGCUUUGAGCAGCGCAGACUCGAGGAAAGAGCCACUGCCGGAGGCCGAAGGACCUGGGGCGCCGCCUGGGCUGGGCUGGUGAUUGCAGCCGGACGUGCCCAUGACCGAGCUGGCAUCCUCCGGGGGCGGGUCCCCUGCGGGGGACGGGGAGGAGGGCCUGGGGGACGAUCGAGGCCUGGUCAUCCACCACCCGGCGGAGGAGCAGCCGCACCGCUGCCCGCUGUGUGGCCAGACCUUCGCUCAGCAGCCCAGCCUGGUGCGGCACCAGAAGGCGCACGCUGGGGCGGGCCGCGCAGCCGCCUUCGUGUGCCCGGAGUGCGGCAAGGCCUUCAGCGUCAAGCACAACCUGGAGGUGCAUCAGCGCACCCACACGGGCGAGCGGCCCUUCCCCUGCCCCGAGUGCGGGCGCUGCUUCAGCCUCAAGCAGAACCUGCUCACGCACCAGCGCAUCCACAGCGGCGAGAAGCCGCACCAGUGCGCGCAAUGCGGCCGCUGCUUCCGCGAGCCGCGCUUCCUGCUCAACCACCAGCGCACCCACGCGCGCAUGCCCGCGCCGCAUCCGCGCCGCCCCGGCGUCUUCGGGGAGCGCAGGCCCUACUUUUGCGCACGCUGUGGCAAAAGCUUUGCGCGCGAGGGCUCACUCAAGACCCACCAGCGCAGCCACGGCCACGGGCCCGAGGGCCAGGCGGCCCAUUUAGGCCGCGUGCUCUGAUGCGCGCAGAACCUGCCGCCGCCGCCGACUGUUUCCCGCCCCAGAGCCGCAUCUAUGACCCCUGGAGAUGCCGCUGGGCUGGGGCCCCCUCUCUGGACGGGAUCCUGCGAGACUAUAAGGGCUGGCUUGGGGGGCGUCUCAAAAGGAGUGGGCCGCUGCCUAGCUUGGGCCGCCUCCUUCCACUCAUCCUCCAGGACCCUCCGGGUGGCUGCACCCGGCUGCUUUGGGCCCCAGUGUUGGUUUCCUCCACAGGCACACGCAGCUUAGAGCAGGAAAGUGAGGCUCCCCCAGGCUGGCCCUGAGUCACACACAGGAGUUAGUGGUGCAGCAGUGCAAGCCUGGACCUCAUUUUGGAUUCUGGACCCCAAGACCUUGUAUCUCUCCUGUACCAUCAUUAAGAGAUGCUCCUACAGAUGUGGAGUGGUCAGGAGCUCUGGGCAGUGUGCAGGGCGCCUCUGACACAGAGACUCGGAAUGGGGCCUUGGGCCUGCGCCCCAGCAUGAGGACAUGUCCCCUAAGAAGACCUACCUCGGGAGGAGAAGGCAGAGGGUCCGAUGGAGCCUGGAAUUGGAAACAGACUUUGUGCCUUGGUGGAAAAACUCCCCGGGCCUGCUGGGAAUUACAGCCAGAGGAGAGGUGGUCCUGGCUGCCUGGCCUCUCCUGUGGUAGCAGCGAUGGUGCAUGUGUGGGGAACCCACUUCUGUGCUCCCGCCUGGCCCACCAGAGACAGGAAGUGAGCUUCUGGGGAGGACACAGCAAGUGGAAGCAGACACCCGGCUCCAGAGGCAAGACCAGCCCCCCAGGGAUGAGCACGCCUGCAGGCUUCCCUCUCCUUUCAGGGCAGUGGUUUCUUCACACUUUUGGGCUCACGAAGCCCUCUGGCAAGAUGGCAAAGGUUAUGAACCUUCUCCCUAGGAAGAUGCACAUACUCAUGGGGAUGCAGAAUCUACGAGGGAUUCCAGGAGCUCCGGGACUCCAGGCUGAGAUCCCUGGGCCCUGGUGCUAGCCCGCUGCUCCUUCCUGAGCUGACACAGAGUCCUGGGUCAGGGUCUUCGUUCGAGUCACAUUUCGUUUCCCCCAUUCUGUGCCC